CUGGGUUUACGAAGAUGGUGGAAGUUUCUUCUUCCUUGAAGUGAAAUCCGGGCUGAAGUCAAAACAUCACGCAGGCCGAGGGCUGGGAAGAUAUAACAGCGUUUCUGGAUAAAUUCGUCAACCUCCUUUCGGAUCUGGGUCUUCCCAGCCCUAUGUCAUGGCUACUGGAGUCACCAAGUCAAACACUUCCAAUGGUUACCCUUUGAAGGCACAGCUACAAAUCCUUGUGCUAACAGCUAAACUGAAAGAAAACAAGAAGAACUGGUUCGGCCCCAGUCCUUACGUCGAAGUGACAGUCGAUGGCCAGUCCAAGAAAACUGAGAAAUGCAGCAACACCCACAGCCCCAAAUGGAAGCAUCCACUCACUGUGAUUGUGACUCCGUUCAGCAAACUGGUGUUUCGCGUGUGGAGCCACCAGACCUUAAAGUCAGAUGUGUUGUUGGGCAUUGCCACGCUGGACAUGAGUGAAAUGCUCAAGUCCAACGACAUGAAAAUUUCAGAGGUCGUGCAGAGCUUACAACUGUUCAGUGACAGAGACCAGACAGAUGUGGUGGGAGACCUGUCUGUCUGCCUGGACGGCAUGGCUGUGGACCCUGAAAUGUUUGCCUCGGCUGAAGCUGACCGUCAAAGUGCAAAUGGGGAGUCACAGCCUAAUGGGGAUAAUUCUUUAAGGCCAAGUCGGGACAGUUCUCCGUCUGUGAACGGCAUCGAGCACAGAUCUUCUCCCAGCGUCCAGAGGACUCAAAACAGAGGGUCCCCCUCAGUGUCAUCAGUGGGGACAAGGCCCAUUCGACCACCAAGACCCUCCAGGCCUCCUCCUCCAACCCCCCGCAGACCAACGUCUUCACCAGCACCUUCCAUCAACGGCUCUGGUUCAACAGAUGUUAGUGACAACCAGUCAGCUUCAGAUACUCCAGUGCAAACGCCGGCCUCGAGGCCCUCAUCAGCUGCAGACUUAAGCCCACCAGCGUCAUCAGACAGAAAUGCCUCUUUAGCUUCCGGCUCUGGAGCUGCAGCAACCAGGCAGCCAACCAGCACCGUCACCCCAUCUGUUCCUCCCAGAGUACCAGCCACCGCCACCGGACCUUUACCCCCUGGGUGGGAGCAGAGAGUGGAUCAGAACGGCAGGCUGUAUUAUGUUGAUCAUGUCGAAAAGAGAACAACAUGGGAACGUCCUGAAUCACUUCCUCCUGGAUGGGAGCGUCGCGUUGACCUGUCGGGUCGGGUCUACUUUGUGGAUCACAUUACUCGAACCACCACAUGGCAGCGCCCCACAAUGGAGACUGUGCGUAACUACGAGCAGUGGCAGCAUCAGCGCAGCCAGCUGCAGGGCGCCAUGCAGCAGUUCAACCAGAGAUUCAUUUAUGGGGUUCCAGACCAGGCCGCAGCUAAUCAGAAUAAGGAGUUUGAUCCUCUUGGGCCACUGCCACAUGGUUGGGAAAAAAGGACAGACGGUAAUGGCCGAGUUUAUUUUGUUCAUCACCCAACACGUUCUACACAAUGGGAGGACCCUCGAACUCAGGGAUUGUUGAAUGAGAAGCCUCUUCCAGAAGGCUGGGAGAUGAGGUUCACUGUAGACGGUAUUCCUUAUUUUGUGGACCACAACAGGAAAACUACCACCUACAUCGACCCUCGCACUGGAAAAUCCUCGCUUGAAAAUGGACCGCAGAUCACCUACGUACGAGACUUCAAAGCUAAAGUUCAGUACUUCAGAUUCUGGUGCCAGCAACUGGCAUUGCCUCAACAUGUGAAGAUCACAGUAACUAGAAAAACCCUUUUUGAGGACUCUUUCCAGCAGAUCAUGAGCAUCAACGCUCAGGAUCUACGAAGGAGGCUGUGGAUCAUCUUUCCUGGAGAGGAAGGCCUCGACUAUGGAGGUGUUGCCCGAGAGUGGUUCUUUCUAUUGUCCCAUGAGGUUUUGAACCCAAUGUACUGCCUGUUUGAAUACGCCGGUAAAGAUAACUACUGUCUCCAGAUCAACCCUGCUUCCUAUAUCAACCCAGACCACCUCAAGUAUUUCAAGUUUAUAGGACGUUUCAUAGCCAUGUCACUUUUUCAUGGCAAGUUCAUCGACACUGGUUUCUCACAGCCGUUUUACAAGCGAAUGCUCAACAAGCCUUUAACACUCAAUGAUCUAGAGUCAAUAGAUCCUGAGUUCUACAACUCCCUCAUGUGGAUCAAGGACAACAACAUCGAGGAGUGUGGCCUGGAGAUGUUCUUCUCCGUUGACAAGGAGAUCCUUGGUGAAAUCACCACCCAUGAGCUGAAACCAGGAGGAGGAGACAUCCAAGUCACAGAGGAGAACAAGGAGGAGUACAUUAAGCUGGUAGCAGAGUGGCGUCUGUCCAGAGGAGUGGAAGAGCAGACUCAGGCUUUCUUUGAAGGCUUUAAUGAGGUCCUCCCCCAGCAGUACCUGCAGUACUUUGAUGCUAAAGAGCUAGAGGUGAUGCUGUGUGGCAUGCAAGAAAUCGACCUGGGAGACUGGCAAAAACACACCAUCUACAGGCACUACACUCGGACCAGUAAACAGAUCGUCUGGUUCUGGCAGUUGGUAAAGGAAAUGGAUAAUGAAAAACGGAUGAGGCUGCUGCAGUUUGUAACUGGAACCUGUCGUCUUCCUGUGGGAGGGUUCGCUGAUCUAAUGGGAAGCAAUGGUCCUCAGAAGUUCUGUGUUGAGAAAGUGGGAAAAGAGAACUGGCUUCCCAGAAGUCACACAUGCUUUAACAGAUUGGACUUGCCGCCCUACAAGAGCUACGAACAACUGAAGGAGAAGCUGAUGUUUGCCAUUGAGGAGACGGAAGGGUUCGGGCAGGAGUGAACGAGACACAAGUUAAAGAACUGUGGGACACUGAAAGAGCGAAACCAUUCAUGUUCAAAUCAGGGAGCCUCUUUGUUAACAGGCAGGCGCUUGGGGAGGUUUGUGCUCGUGCACGCACCUGUAAGGUGCUUGUAUGGGAACGAGAGAAAGACUUGUCUGGAUUCGAGUCUCCUCUCAGCUUACUGAGCAGGCCUCUUGCUGCCUGACAGGUAUGUGGAAUAUUUUAAAAUAGUUUUUAACUGAAUUCUGAAAGCUGCUCCAGUCUCUGGGAGUGAGCACAAAAUUAUGCAUGAGAUCCUGAAAUUUCACCUUUGAUGAAAUCUGACAAAACGGCAGUCCAAUACGCGUGAUCACGACGACGAGGCUUACGAUCACAAGGAGCGCUGAUUCAGCAGAAAUUAAAUGAAACGUCAAAGCAGCUUUAAGAAGGUGGGAUUUUCUGUUUUAAUAUUUAAGUUGCACCAAAAAGGAAAUUAUGUCCUUAGAAUCUGGCUCACACUUUAAUCUUCAUCUGUACUAAUAAAUAAAAUAGAGCGGUUUAUUUUUUUAAACAAAUAAAACAUUAACGUCUCUAAAAUUACCGCUUCAAUAACAGACAAUCUUUGGUGCUUCAAAGGAGUUGGGGAUACAUGUCUGAUUUGUUCUCUGGGCGCUUGCUAGUGUUUGAGCUGUGAAUCGAUUCAUGAUUGUGAAAAGUGUUGCGACCGCCAUUUGUUUUUCGGGGUGGCGGAACAUUUUUGGAACCUGGCCUUAGUUUUAUAGGGUCGGAGUUUGCACUCUGUGACGUGUCGCGAGACGAUAUGGAUCCAAGUGUUCUGGAAGAUUCUCAAGGGUCUUAAAAACAGCUUUAAUGACGUUUUACAACUUACUGCACAGAAUAACAAGAUCCUAAAGAAAUGCUUUAUGAAUAUUAAUGAUUUCAAACUGUUGAAUCAAGAAGAAGAAAUAAAAAAGAC